AUGGCGGAUGCGGGAUGCACAGACGCGGAGAAUGAGGGAGGCUUGGGCUGUCUGCCCCCUCCGAGGGGUCCGCAACUCAUGCCCUGUUUAAUGGAACUCAUCCGAACCCCCAUCCCUGAUUAUGCAUUUUUGGAGGGUGCAAAAAUGCGCUUUCAAUACGACCUGGUAACGCCGUGCGAUGAGGGUCCGCACCGCAUACCUUUGGCUCUUGCGGCUCCGAUGCGCAUACUGCAUGAGAAGCAUGAGGAACAGUUGGCUUGUGGACACAAGGGGAGCUUUCUGAGAAAGUUGGAUUUUCCAGCGAUGCUGCAAAAUAUUCCACCCCAGAAUAUGGGAAAACUGACCCAGAUUUUGUUGGAGGCCACUUGCUACGAUCAGUGCAAAUGUGCUCUCCAAAAUCUUCCUGCAAACAUGGUUUUUGAGGUUGUGGUUGAUAUAAUACAACGAGUUCAAAAUCUGCGGCAGCCGAUCUCUCUUGACACAGCUAUUGCUAUGCGUAAUGUGGACUUCACUCUCCACGGAUUUGGAGCACCACUACAGUCUCAGCCUGAAACUGAUGAAGAGGAAAAACACUUGCGACAGAUGGCGCAGGAGAUGGCCACAGAUGAUUCUUAUAAGCAUAGGCUUCCAAACAUCAUCCAUUAUCUCUGGUUUAGGGAUCUGAGAGAGGUGGAGAAUCAGCAGAUGGCACUUGUGUUUCGAUACAUCGUACUCAAUCUAAUGCAUUUACUCCGCCAAUACUACAAGUCUGCAGCUCUUCAUAGUGAAGUAGAAGAUAGUAGAUUCCUUCUUAUUGAUUACACGCAAAUGAAUGUGGAGUCUAUGGAACCCAUACUGAGAGUGUUGGGCAAUAACCUGGGCGAAUACUUGAUUCAAGAACCACCCAACUUUUACUCACAGUGCUAUCAACCUGAGACGCUUUGCAAUAUCACGCCAUCAAGAAUUGUGGGUACGUUUUUGAUUGACUUGCUGCUGAUGAACACACCAGAGGCGUGGUACCCCGAUUCGGACGUGGAGUGCUUCAUCAUUCACGACUGUCCUAACUGUAACUUCCAAAAUGACCAGUGCGUCUGCCAGGCGUUCAAAAAUCGCUUUCCCGACGUUGUUGAAAACAUACUAAACCCUCCACCGAAUAACACAUGUUAA